AUGUCGAGCUACCACCGCCCGUUCAGGGGCCAGAACGAGCCGUCCUCAGCCAACUCACCAACACAAGAUGAACAACAAGAAGAAAUCAUCGAUCCCAAUCUCUACGGUCCCUUUGGCCAUCGCUACCGCGACAGCUCCAUCGAUCCGAUCCACCAACACCCGCAUGUGGCUUCCGACGCCUCCGCUACUGGUUGGCACCAAGUCGAGACCUCCGAACAGCAUCGUCAGCACAGCCAAUUCACCGUCCCAGAUCUACCCUAUCAGUCUCACGAAACAGCCAUUCCACUGCGACCUAUCGAGACAAACCACUCCAGCACUAGCUUUAUCACCAACGCUGCGCCCAUGUCAAUCGACUACACCCAAGACAGCCGAUACACAGUCCAGUCCGAAAAUUACCCUCUACCUCAACCCAGCAUCGACUCAGCCAACCGGCAAUCGCAUCUCCGUCGCCGCUCAAAAGGCCAGAACCACUACCGACCUUUAUCCCAGCCCUAUACCCACGCCCGAGCCGGCUCCCUCUUCGACCUCGUCCACGGUCGUGAUAGAUCUAAAUCCUCCCAUCUUUCCACUACAGCCGCGAAACCGCACAUCGAAGUGCACGGCGAAGACGUACCCAUCACUUUCCGUCACUUGCUCAAACGCCCUAUUAUCCGACAGUGGCUGCAUGGUAACAAGCUCUAUCGCGAAAAGGAUGAGAGGAAACCAUCGCAGUUUGAGCUAGUCUUCGACCUCAUUUUCGUUGCGGUGGUGAAUGGAUUAGGUCAUGCAACAGCGGAAAGCAAUACGGCGAUCAAUGUGUUGAAGUUCGUUUUGAGCUUCUGGCCUUGUUUCUCGAUCUGGACGGAUGUGAGGUUGUUUUUGAACACGAGUGGAUCGGAUGAUAUGUUGGAGAGGCUGUUGUUGUUGGGUUGGAUGAUACUUUUGGGUGGAUACUGUGCAAAUGUUUCAGGGGUGGAAAUUGUGAAGGCUACACCGGAGUUGUUGGUUCAACUGCAUAAUGAAGAGUUGGCGGGCGAUGCUCCGGCGCAGACGGAAGCACAUGGGAUUGUUGCUGAACUGGAGCAGAUCUUUCGUCGUGCGGCUUCCACCAGCAGCGGUGCAGACGGGCCUGAGGUGAAGCUAGCAGUGCCCGCUUUCGGGCCGUACUGGUUCGCCGCUGGGUACGAUAGAGCGAUCCAUGCUGCUGUAGCCUUCUUCUUAGUGGCAAAGCUCUGGAGGCUGGGUAUCUAUGUCUACUACGGUUUCUGUCUUCCCAAGUUCCGUAAAGCGCUCUGGUCCAAUGCAUUAGCAAUGACGGUGAUCACCGCUAUAUAUAUUCCGAUCACACUCAUCAGCCAGCCUUGGCUCAUCGUCACCCUCAUGUCCACAGGCAUCUUGGUCGAAAUUGCACGCCCCUACAUUGUUGCGGCAGCAAUAAAGCUCUUCCAUGGGCGCCAAAAACGGACGGGAAACCACAUGUUUAUCCCCGCACAAUCUCACGAGCAUUCCAUUGAGCGCUACAUCCUCUUCGUGAUCCUCAUCGUGGGAGAGUCGAUCAUCAGCAGCACUUUCAUCGCUCGGCCUGGCGAUUUCGGUAUCAAUGCAGAGUUCGGUCGUGCAGCCCUAGGAAUCACGAUCAGUGUGUUCGUUAUUUGGAUCUAUUACGAUGCAGAUGGAAGUCGAGUCUACCAGCAUGCUCUCCGUCGAAACUCGUUUACGAGCAUUACCUUCUGCCAUAUCCACUAUCCACUCACAGCCUCACUCGUCCUGAUGGCGGCGUCACUCUCCUCCCUCAUCUCGAACGAAGAAAUCAAGGGCGGAUACGUGUGGUAUUUCGGCGGCUCCUUAUCCUGUGUCCUUCUCUGUCUUGCCCUUAUCGGGUGUAUGCACCGGAAUCUCGACCUACACGGCUCAACACUCGUUCCUCGCUGGUGCCGUAUCGGAGUCCGGUUCCUAGCAAGUAUCGGAUUCGGCCUUCUCCCACUCAAGAAGGACUGGAACUCACUCGAUCUGAUGGGUGUAGUUGCAGGGUCCCUUGUGGCACUAGUAUUCUUCGAAACAAUCGGCAAGAUAGGCGCGGUUGGAAGAGUCUAUGAUGCGGAGAAGACGAUGGAACUGUUUGCAGGAAUGGAUGCGAAAGGAGAAAAGAACUUGAGGUUGGAUAAGAAAGCCAGUUGGCAUCCAUUUGAUGAUUUGACCGCUGGCGAGAGAGGAGAGGAGGAUGUUGGGAUCGAGUCCGAGAUAGGACAUUUGGAAGAGAAGGAUUUGACACAUGGUCAGAGGUGGGCUUAUGCUGCCUAA